CAGCCGUAUGAUGCAUACUUUGCUUGUCCACUAAUGUUGUGUAUGUACGUUGGCGCUUGUAAAUAAUAUUAGCAUAAUCACGGAAAUAAUAAAUAAAUUAACAUGCUUCUCAAAUAUUUGGGUACUGUCAUGUCAGCGCAAGAAUUUGAAAAUAGAGUAGUUGGCAUAGCAUGGUCGCCGAACAAUUUGAAGCUAGCUGUUGCAUCCGCGGAUCGUUCCAUCUACCUCUUCGACGAAAAUGGUGUGAAACGAGACAGGUUUUCCACCAAGCCUGUUGAUCCUAAGUUUGGCAAGAAGAGCUACAUGGUGAAAGGUAUAGCUUUCUCUCCAGAGUCUACAAAGAUUGCAGUUGGUCAGACGGAUUGCAUUGUAUAUGUAUACAAAAUAGGGGAAGAUUGGGGCGACAAGAAGGUGAUCUGCAACAAGUUUCGGCAAAGCGCCGCGGUGACCUGCUUAAUCUGGCCAGCGGAGGGUCCGAUCAUCAUCGGAUUAGCGGACGGGAAGGUCCGCGCUGCUCUAGUGAAGUCGCAAAAGGCGCAGACUUUAUACACUUCUGACGCUAUGACGAUAGCUCUGGCUAGCAACAUCCGCGGCAGCGGCUUUUUGUCGAGCCACGCGGACGGCAGCAUCAUCCGCUAUUAUGUCGCCGAGGACGGUGGCGCGGAGCCGUCGGGACGCGUGUGCGUCCACGGAGUGCCCGCUUACGCCUUGGCAUGGCCGCAGUCGCACAUUUUGGCUGGUGGCUGUGACAAGCGAUUGACUUUAUACGAUCCUUACGGCAAACCAGUCAAGAAUUUCGACUUCAGUCGCGACCCGCAAGAGCGGGAAAUCACCGUGGCUUGCUGCAGUCCAAGCGGUCAAAGUGUCGCUGUGGGUUCCUGGGACAAGGUGCGCGUCCUAGACUGGACGCCACGUCGAGGUGUCUGGGAAGAGAGCAACGUGCGAGCCUUGCCGAACUUCUAUACGGUCACGGCGCUCGCCUGGAGGCGAGAUGGCUCCAAGCUGGCGAUUGGCGGACUGUGCGGAGGCGUCGAGCAGUUCGAGACUAUUUUAAGACGCACGGUAGUACGCGGCAGCCACGAAGUGGCCUAUGUAGGUCCGAGCCAAGUGGUAAUCCGACCUCUGAGCGACUCCUCGCAUCGUUCCAUCGUCGUGAGAUCGCAGACUGGUCUCGAAAUCGAGGACGUACGCAUUUUGGGCCGUACGGACAACAACGUGGUGGCUCGCACGGCGCGUACCUUGCUGAUCGGCGACAUUGAGCUAGGUCUGAUGAGCGAGAUCCCGUGGGAGGACCGACCAAACGGCAGCGAGAAGUUCUUCUUCGAAUACCCGGUGGUCUGCCUCAUCUUCUGCUCGGGCGAGUUGACGAUCGUUGAGUACGGCCAAAACGAGGCGCUCGGCUCCGUGCGAACCGAGGCGGUGAACCCGCACGUAGUGAGCGUACGCGUGAAUGAACGACCUUCGUCUGCUGGAGGCGACAACAAGAAGCUGGCUUACCUGUUGGAUCCGAGAACCGUCCGUGUGGUUGACCUCUUGACCGGUGGUACCAUCAGCAUGAUCGUUCACGAUGCUCGCGUCGACUGGUUAGAGUUGAGCGAAGCUGGUCAUCGAUUGCUGUCACGGGACAAGAGAAGCCGUCUUUGGCUGAGUGACGACGCGGGUGGAAGAGUCCUGUUGGUGACCGGAGUAUCCUUCGCGUCCUGGGUACCCAGCAGCGACGUCGUAGUCGCUCAAACGGCUCAGACCUUGGCCGUUUGGUACAACGUAGAUGCACCGGAAGCGGCCACUCUGACACCCAUCAAGGGUGACGUGGUGGACGUUGUCCGAGAGGACGGUCGAACGUCUGUAAUGGUGGAGGAGCAUGGCGCCAAAGUUUCAUAUCUGUUGGACGAGGGACUGAUCGAGUUCGGCACCGCGCUGCACGAUAACGACUUCGGCAGGGUCGUUUUGUUCUUGGAGAACAUGGGCGAUGGUCCACAGGUGGAGACCAUGUGGGAGAACGUCGCUAGGAACGCGAUGAACGAAAGGAAGAUCAUGGUUGCCGCGAGAUGUUACGCGGCAAUGGGCGACGUGGCUUGUGCCAAGUUCCUGAAGGGAGUUGUCGAGAUUGGCAUAAAAUAUACCACGGAGACAGGUAACGAUCCACUAGGCAAUCCGGAAUGCUGGGCUCGACUGGCAGUGUUGAACGGCGAGUUGAAGACCGCCGAGGCGAUUUACCUCGAACAAAACGAGCUGGAUAAGGCGUUGGAAAUGUACCAGCGCUACUGGCACUGGGAAGAUGCGCUGAAUCUGGCACAGGGUCGUAGCUGGAGUGGACUCUCGGAAUUGCGAGACCGUCAUCUGGCUUGGUUGCUGGACAGCGGCCAAGCGGCUCGCGCAGCUUCCAUUAUAGAGAACACGAAUCCCCGAAGAGCCGUCAAGCUCUACCUAGAGGCUCGUCGACCUGGACGCGCCGCUAGGCUGGUUCUCGCCGACAACGAGCUGCUGGAGGACGGGCGGAUCGUCGAGGACGUCAUCAGCGGCCUCAAAGCCACCGAUCUCAUGGAACUCGCCGGUGAACUGCUGGAGAAGACUUCCGCGGGCGCUGAGGCGAUCGAUUGUUAUGCUAAAGCCGGUGUCUUCGCCAGAGCUCUCGACCUAGCGCGUAAGGUUGACCCUACACUGGUGGUCGGCCUCGAGAGGGACUGGGGGAAACAUCUGGCAGCUGGUAGUCAUUACGACGCAGCCAUUAAUCAUUUCAUCGAGGCGGGGGAGACGGUAUUGGCAUUGAAGGCCGCUAUUAAUGCGAAACAGUGGAGGAAGGCCUUGCAAAUUAUACAGGUGAUCGAAGAUGACGAUGCCGAGAUUCGUCAACAAUGCGAAAAGCUGGGCGAGUAUUUCUCGUCGAUCGAAGAACGGUCCUUGGCGGAAAAUCUCUUCAUUCGCGCCGGCAAUCCUCGGCGCGCCGUGGAGACUCACGUACAGGCAAGCGACUGGAUUCGCGCGCACCAGGUGGCUCAGGAAUAUAUGAAAAGCGACGAGGCCAACGAAGUGCUAGCGAAACAUGCUGAGAAUCUACAGCAGACCGGCGAGCUCCGGCAUGCCGAGGCACUCUAUGUCGCCAUCGGCGAUCACGACGCGGCGAUUGCGAUGUAUCGUAAAGCGGGAAAUCGAGGAGACAUGAUUAGAUUGGUCGCCGAGCAUCGGCCUGAUCUUCUUCAGACCACUCAUACGCACUUGGCAAGGGAAUUGGACACGGCUGGCAAGCCGAGAGAGGCCGAGGAGCACUUCUUAGGUGCUGGUGAUUGGCGCGGAGCAGUCGCAGCUUAUAGAUCCGCGAAUAUGUGGGAAGAUGCGUUAAGGGUCGCUAAGAAAGCUUCAGGGGAGAAAGCAGCCCAGCAGGUCGCCUUAAUGUGGGCCCGAACAUUGGCUCCAGAAUUGGGCGCACGAUUGUUGAUGCGGCUCAACUACCUGGAACCCUGUCUGCAACUAGCCUGCGAAGCCAGUCUGUUCGAGUGGGCCUUGGAGAUCGCUAAGUACGGCACGGCGGAUCAGAAGAAGGAGGUGCACUAUCGCUACGCUAUGGCGCUGGAGGAUGAAGGCCGCUUCACCGAGGCCGAGAAAGAGUUCGUGCAGGCUGACAAGGCGAUGGAAGCCGUGCAGAUGUAUAUUCACAAUCGCGACUGGGAGUCCGCCGAGGAUGUCGCGCGCUCGCACAGUCAGGACGCGGUUGCGCAAGUCCUAAUCGCUAGAGCCGCCGAGGCUGCCGAGAGCCAAGACUACGCCUCGGCGGAGGCUCUUCUCUUGAGGGCUCACAAGCCGGAGAUGAUAAUAGAGUAUUAUAAAACGGCCGGAAUGUGGUCCGAGGCGCUGCGAGUUUGUCGAGAGUACUUGCCCAGUCAAGAAGCAGCUCUUCGCAGAGAGUUGGGCCAGAAAAGCGCAGGACUCGACGGAGCGAACGCGUUGGAGGAAGCUCGCAAGUGGCUCGAACUCGGAGAAGUACGACCAGCCUUGGAUACUCUGAUCCUGAACCCGCAAGCGCCGCGAUCGUAUCUGAUUCGCGCGGCUGACAUCCUUUUGCAUCAGGCGGAUCCCGAAACAGCAACGGAAAUUGGCGGUGACUUGGGUACCCGCUUGUUCUCCGUUGGCGAACACGCCCUUGCUGCUCAGGUAUUCCUUCAGGCGGAUCGACUGAAGGACGCAGUAAGCUCGCUGGUGGCGGUCGGUGAAUGGGAUCGCGCGCGUCGAAUCGUCCGCGAGCUCGCGCCCGACCUCGAACCUUAUCUUGAGGAGAAGUAUCGCGACGCGAUGACGAAUGAGGGCGAGAUGGAGCGGCUGGCGGAGGUGGACGGUAACGCGGCCCUUGAGAUGAUGGCGCGCAAAGGUCAAUGGAGUCAGCUGUUUGAGGCCGCGAGCUUGCAGAGCCCGGAGAUACUGCAUCGGUUCGUGGCGCGACGCGCCGCGCAGUUGCUGAAGAGUGACUCAGCGCCGCAGGCGUUGCAGCUUUACGUGCAAUACGGCGCGCCCGCGAUCUCACAGAAUUUCAAUCUGUACCUGCAAUUGGCGGAGAACGUCCUGAACGCGACUCAGCAGGAAUACAGAUAUCUGGCACAACUGCGUGACAUUCUGCAUAGUCUUUGCCGUUCGUCGCCACCCAGCGACAGGUUCGAGCGACUUCUGGAAGCCGCGCACCUCUCCGCGGUGAAACACGGCUGUCGUUCAUUUCCAGCGCUUUCUAACUUCGUCGUCAAGGCGUCGGUCAGUCUACUACGACACACUGACGUCCUGCAUGCCGACAGAUGUUACUACGAAGCAGGUACCGCGGCGCGUGACGCUGGUCUCCUGAGCGAGGCUUUUGUCUUUCUCAAUCACUUCCUCGACUUGGAGGAAUGUAUCGAAGAAGAGGGCGACGGCAACGUCCUCGACGUGGACGAUCUCCGCGUCACCGAUUUUCCGUUGGAGGUGCCGCUUCCGGAGCACCUUGGAGUCGCUCAGAAUCAACGCGAGGAGGCGAGAGAGUGGGUGCUGGCGGUGUCAAUGGAUCAGAAAAUCGAGCAGGGUCUACCAGUCGAUCCGAGAAGUGUCUACGUGGGCUCGUUAACGUCGCCGACUAGCACGGGCGCGCCUCUUCAGCAAUGCGUGAUCACAGGCUAUCCGGUACGUGGUCCAGUCAUCAGAUUCGAGGAGUCCAGUCGCGUGGCCGACCGCGACGACUGGACCAAGCUGGUCAACACGGCUAGACAGGCGCCCACAGAUUCGCCGCUCAACGACAUCCUGGUGUUUCUUCAAGAAUGGUGUGGCACGGCGCCUAAGUACUCUUUCUGAAGAGAAAGAGAGCUAAGAGAUCUCUCUAUCAGUCAUAGCUGGAAAUCUCUCAACUAGUUCUAGUUGGAAAUCUCUCAAUCAGUUCUAACUAAAGAGAAAAAUAAAUGCUAGUAUAAAAAAUUAUCUUGCAUAUUGUACUUAUAAUAAUAAAUAAAUAAUUAAUAAAAUAAUAAGUUUUCAAAAAUUUGAUUGAUAUC